GGUUGGUUGGUUCGCACGUCGGCGAGGCGGGUCGAGUUGGGUUGUGCCAGCCAUGUGGUUGCUUCGCUGGCUCCAGCUCGUGGUUACUGGAAUCGGGUUGAAACUUUUAAAUUGAUUUUUUUUUUGUUUUUCCCUUUCGCGACGCGGUUUUGGGUGGAUGUUCUUGGUUUGGUUGGUGAGAGGGAUCUGUGCGCGGUAAAAAAACAUGUCGUGGGGUUCUUCCUGGAGAGGAUCUCAGUCCGUUCUUCUUGGGGGUUAACUGGGAGUCCAAAUGAGCCCAAGACCCAAGAAAUUUCUUCCGUGGUGGAAAUAUUGGGGCUUCUGAUCGGAGAGACAAAGACUGGGGUUUUCUUUUCUUGAUUUGGUUGGUCAGAAGAGCCUAGUUGACGCUGAAAAGAUUAAUUUCGUUGGGCGUGGUAGAUUUGGCUGCGGAGAAAAUUGGCAGGGAAGCCCGAUAGAGUCAGACAGUGAAUUUAGUCAAAGAUGCCUCAUGCUUCUCCGCAUUGCAAUUGGGUGGAUUGAUUCCCUUUUGCGUGGUGGAAAGAAAGAUUGCAAUGAUUUUGCUGCAGGGGGAGUCUUACCUUGUAGACUUGGGGUCUGUGCUGAUGCAAAAAAGUUCGCUUGCAAAAGUAGUCCGGUCGAGUAAAGGAUGUUACCUCUGAUUCUUUAGUUGCAACUUGCAAAGGGGAUCAAUCAAGUCAAACAUUUGUUUUUCUCACUUUGCUUUACACUGGCUAUGUCGUUUAUUGGGAACGAGCUCAGUGAGUAUGAGAAGGUGUCUUUUUGUGCUGAGAUACUUUUUUGUUAUGGCUUUUAGUAAGCAAUCAGAUUGAAAUCAUGGAUCUUUACUUGUGAAUGGUCAACUUGUAUUUUGGAACGUAUUUGCUUAUUUUGGGUUUCUUUUGUGUUUGAUUUGCUUAUGAAGAGAAUAAAGUUGAGUCAAACAUGAGGUUGCUAGUAGUGUGAUGAUCCUGCGAUCAAUGGUUAAACUGUUAGUGCAAGGUUUUUGUUUAAUCAAAGACAUAUCUUAGUUAGCACUUCAGAUAAUUGUGUUCCCAAAAAACUUGGUCUAUGGGCAGACUUGUGAAGGAAAUUAUGACCUAAAACACGUCCCUUGGGAUAUUAAAAGGGCAUCAGUAAAUUUCAGAGUCUCUUGUGGUUGUUGAAUUUUGCUUCAGUAGGUUCCAGUUAGACUACUCUGAUGUAAGUUUUCCAAGCCUUCUGUAUUCCUUGUACUCUUUUCCUUCAUACCAUAAUAGAUUCAGCCUGGCAAUCUUUCCACCAAUCCUGAAUAAAUCUCCUUGCUGCCCUUUGGUUCUUCAGCAAGUCAGCAUGAAGUUAGGUCUUUCUUGCUGUACAAAUGUUCAAUUCUAUUGUAGAAAUGCCACAUAUUGUUCAUAUAGUAAUUCAGGGCAAAUUAAACUAAUUCCAUAAAAUAAGUUAUAGGAGGUUUUCAAAUCCUGAGUGUCAUCCAGGGGGGUUAUGCAAUUUCUCCGGUGGUUCAUGGUUUGUUUAGUGAGAGGAGUCAUUUAUGGUGGUUAAUGAUACUUUUAUCCCUUUUCUUUCGGUCUUGUGUUUCCUUGGAAUACUUUUCCUAGCAGCAGCAGCAGCAGCAGCAGCCUAACUAGCUGAGAUAUUUUUUCUGCAUGAUGGAACACAGUAUAUAGUUUUUUAAUUAAAUUGUGUAAAUGCAAUUUAGUCAAGUUUGUUUCAAUAAGUCAUCAACUUUUGUUCCAUUUAUCUUGAAGCGGAAUGAAAUAUUGUUACUCAUUUAUUGCCAAUAUCUUUACAAGAUGAUGGAUAUAAAUCUUUGACCAUCCUGGUUAUUUUGGAUUUGCAAUAGGAUAUGGAGGGUUUUCUUACCUAAUGGAGCCACUUUGGUGGAUAGGCAUGAUUUCUAUGAUUGUAGGUGAAGUUGCUAAUUUUGCUGCUUAUGCAUUCGCUCCUGCUAUUCUUGUCACUCCUCUUGGUGCACUCAGUAUAAUCAUCAGUGCUGCACUUGCACAUGCCAUUCUAGAGGAGAAACUGCACACCUUUGGUAUACUUGGUUGUGUUCUCUGUGUUGUUGGAUCAAUCACAAUUGUACUCCAUGCUCCACACGAGCGUGACAUUGAUUCUGUAAAGGAAGUAUGGGAUCUUGCAACUGAACCAGCUUUUCUUUCCUAUGCGGCUAUAGUAGUUGCAGCAGCCUUAGUUCUUAUAUACUUUGUUGUCCCUCAUCAUGGACAAACAAACAUCAUGGUGUACAUUGGAGUGUGUUCUCUUCUGGGAUCACUCACGGUUAUGAGUGUAAGAGCUCUUGGAAUUGCAUUGAAGCUAACAUUCUCUGGAACAAACCAAUUAUUCUAUCCUCAGACUUGGGCUUUUGCACUAAUUGUAGCCACCUGUGUGAGCAUCCAGAUUAACUAUCUAAAUAAGGCACUGGACACCUUUAAUACAGCAGUUGUCUCACCAAUAUAUUACGUGAUGUUUACCUCACUAACAAUUAUAGCCAGUGUGAUAAUGUUCAAGGAUUGGGAUCAUCAAAAUCCGACACAAAUUGUUACAGAGAUAUGUGGUUUCAUGACUAUCCUUUCUGGGACAUUUCUCCUUCACAAGACAAAGGACAUGACUGACAGUACUGGACAAUCUUUGUCCACACGACGCCUAAAGCGUGCUAGUCAGAAUGGGCUUACCAUUGAGGUCAUACCACUGAAAUGCCAAGAUUCUGUGGAUGAUGAGACUUUGCCGUUGUCACUUCCCAAGGCUGACAAUGGCUACCUAAAGGAGGAACAUCCUCUUAGAUACAAAGACUCGAAUAGUUUCUGAUAGAUAAUUCUGCGCCAACACUUGGUAGGAAUCUCUUGGGCAUCUUUUUGCUCACAAUGGUCAGACAUGAUUGGUUGAUGUAGAACUGGAAUUGGAGGUUUUACCUCAUCUGUGGCCUUAGAUAGAUUGGGGUCACAGGUUAUAAGUUGUCAACUGUGACUUGCCUGUUUCUGAAUGAUGAUUUCUUUGCUAAGGAGCAAGCCAGAAGGAUGCCAACGUUCACGCCAAUCAAGUGCUAGUCAUCCGGGAAUACCAGUUCUGGAAAAGCAUUUGAAGUGUACUUAGAUACAGUGGCGUCAUUUACUAUACUAUUUUUUUAGGAAGUCAUGUGUUAGCUGCAAUGUGAUAUCUGAUUUUCUAGGAAGGUGCUAUAUAGCAAAAUUUCGUGCUUCAUUUUUCCUUACCUGUAAUUACCUCAUAAAUUGCUGCCCAGUUGUCAAUGUGUAUACUGAAUGUCUGAGUCUGUGUAAGUAUCAAUCAUCCUUUCUGAUAAAUAGUUGAUCAAUUCAA